UUUUUUGAGCUUUUCCAAAUUAUAAAAGACAAAUAUAAUAUUCACGAUAACGAUAUAUAUAAUAUAGACGAGAAGGGUAUUAUAAUAGGGGUAUUAGCAAAGCUCAAAAUUAUCUAUUCCAGGAAGCACAAAAAAACAAGGAUAACAUAA